CUAGAUCAAAGAUAAUGAUCAUGGAAUGUUGGUAAUCACCAACCGUUAACCACAAUCCAAGGGUGGUUAAUAAAAGAGGGAAGCGUGUGAUAGAAACUCUUGCGGGAGAUUUCAUUCACUGUUGAUAGAGAGAGAGAGAGAGAGGUGGUUUCUCAUUGCAGAGUCAAUGAUCAAGGCCACUAGAUAAAACCCAAAUCACAAACCUCAAGAAGCUCAUAACCCAUUUCCAGUUUUUCCUUUUGUUUGGUCCUUUCAGAGAGAGAGAGAGAGAGAGAGAGAGAGAGAGAGAGAGUUUUUGAGAAGAAGGCUAAAUGGGGUUGAUGGGUGAGACAGUGACAGAGAUUGUGAUACCAGUGGCUGCAGUGAUAGGGAUUGGGUUUGCUUUGGUGCAAUGGUUUCUGGUAUCAAAGGUGAGGGUUUCAAUCGAUUCUGGUGUGAAGAAUGGAUACAAUGACAGGCUGAUUGAGGAUGAAGAAGAGAAUGUUGACUCUCAAGAAGUGGUUGUCAAAUGUGCUGAAAUUCAGAGUGCAAUCUCUGUUGGUGCAACUUCAUUUCUAUUUACCGAAUACAAGUAUCUUGGCGUUUUCACAGUCGUCUUUGGUGUGAUUAUAUUUCUCUUCCUUGGUUCGGUGAAGGGUUUUAGCACGGCAAGUGAACCUUGCACCUAUAAUAAGGAGAAGCUCUGUAAACCCGCCUUGGCAAACGCGCUUUUUACAACUAUUGCAUUUCUACUUGGCGCUGUAACCUCCGUUCUCUCGGGUUUCCUCGGGAUGAAGAUUGCAACUUACGCAAAUGCGAGAACAACGCUGGAAGCCAGGAAGGGUGUUGGAAAGGCAUUCAUUACUGCUUUUCGUUCCGGUGCAGUGAUGGGUUUCCUUCUGGCUGCCAAUGGGCUUUUGGUUCUUUACAUUUCCAUCAAUCUCUUCGGAUUGUAUUAUGGAGAUGACUGGGAGGGUCUCUAUGAAUCAAUUACUGGCUAUGGCCUUGGAGGUUCCUCAAUGGCACUCUUUGGAAGAGUUGGAGGAGGUAUAUACACAAAAGCAGCUGAUGUCGGCGCUGAUCUUGUUGGAAAAGUUGAAAGGAAUAUCCCUGAAGACGAUCCGCGAAACCCUGCUGUUAUUGCAGAUAAUGUGGGUGAUAAUGUGGGCGAUAUUGCUGGGAUGGGCUCUGAUCUGUUUGGGUCUUAUGCCGAAUCUUCCUGUGCAGCACUGUUUGUAGCAUCAAUUUCCUCCUUUGGAAUCACCCACGACCUCUCUGCAAUGUUAUAUCCUCUGAUUAUAAGCUCAAUGGGGAUUAUUGUUUGCCUAAUCACCACGCUUUUUGCAACCGAUAUCUUUGAGAUUAAGAGUGUAAGCCAGAUUGAACCCGCUUUGAAGCGGCAACUUCUCAUCUCCACGAUCCUGAUGACCAUUGGCAUUGCAAUCAUCACCUUCAUUGCUCUGCCAUCCAAAUUCACUAUCUUCGACUUUGGAGCGGAAAAGACCGUGAAAAAUUGGCACCUCUUCUUCUGUGUUUCGAUUGGCUUGUGGGCGGGACUCGUCAUUGGGUAUAUUACCGAGUAUUAUACUAGCAAUGCUUACAGUCCGGUGCAGGAUGUGGCUGAUUCUUGCAGGACGGGUGCUGCAACAAAUGUUAUUUUUGGGCUGGCUUUGGGAUACAAAUCUGUCAUAAUUCCCAUUUUCGCCAUUGCUAUAGCCAUCUACGUGAGCUUCAGCUUGGCUGCCAUGUAUGGAAUUGCAGUGGCUGCUCUAGGAAUGCUUAGUACGAUUGCGACUGGACUUGCAAUCGAUGCCUAUGGACCCAUCAGUGACAAUGCUGGCGGGAUUGCGGAGAUGGCUGGAAUGAGUCACAAGAUCCGUGAGAGAACAGAUGCCCUUGAUGCCGCUGGAAACACCACUGCUGCCAUCGGAAAGGGUUUCGCAAUUGGUUCAGCCGCCCUUGUAUCACUUGCUUUGUUCGGCGCCUUUGUGAGCAGAGCUGGACUCAAGACCGUUGAUGUGUUAACUCCCAAGGUUUUCGUUGGAUUGAUCGUGGGUGCCAUGCUUCCAUACUGGUUUUCUGCCAUGACAAUGAAGAGCGUGGGCAGUGCAGCCCUGAAGAUGGUGGAAGAGGUCCGCAGGCAGUUCAACACAAUCCCAGGGCUCAUGGAAGGAACAACGAAACCAGAUUAUGCAAAUUGCGUGAAGAUCUCUACUGAUGCUUCGUUGAAGGAGAUGAUUCCUCCUGGUGCACUGGUUAUGCUCACGCCUUUGAUUGCUGGGACCUUCUUCGGGGUGGAGACGCUGGCCGGGGUUCUUGCUGGUUCGCUUGUUUCUGGCGUGCAGGUCGCCAUCUCAGCCUCUAACACAGGUGGUGCUUGGGAUAAUGCUAAAAAGUAUAUAGAGGCGGGUGCUUCUGACCAUGCACGGACAUUGGGUCCAAAGGGCUCCGACCCACACAAGGCAGCCGUGAUUGGGGACACCAUCGGUGAUCCCCUCAAGGACACUUCUGGACCAUCCCUCAACAUCUUGAUCAAGCUCAUGGCAGUGGAAUCUUUGGUGUUUGCUCCUUUCUUCGCAACUCACGGCGGAUUGAUUUUCAAAUGGCUCUGAAAUGGAAUUAUGAACAGUCAGGUUUAGCUCAAUGUUGCAACAUUGUUAGCCUCAGUUUUGUUUCAGCUCGUAGUUGAAUGUAGACUGGCCUGUGUUCAAUGAUCCAAGUUAUAUAUAAAAAAAAAGGCGGUACAAAGGUAUGGUUUUGCCACUGUAUCGUUGUUUGUAUUUCCAUUUCUCUAAUGAAUCAAAAUAACAUAGUUACCAUCAA